AUGGCGACCAUCCAAAGAUUGGCAAAACAAGCUUUUAUAACAUUUAGAACGAAGGAGUCACCAACAUUCGCUUCGAAUCUCGAAAAACUAAAAAAUCUGCUUGAUAAGUUAACAGCAGAUGACAUCAAUCUCUCAUUACCAAAUGAACAGUUAGAUGCCAUAGUUCCACCAACAAGAGAAGCACCCGUAUCUCAUAUUGGUAUUUAUGAGUGCCCCUACUUCUCUAUGGGUGUUUUUAUAAUAAAGAAAGGUUGUGAGAUUCCUCUUCACGAUCACCCUAGUAUGUAUGGUUUAUGUAAAGUUCUUUAUGGUAAAAUAAAAGUAAGAUGUUACAGCUUGUCAAGUGAUGGAAACAGUGAAGCUGUCAAUGGUACUGUGAAACAAAAAAGAGCAAUCAGAUGUCAAGUUAUGAAUGAUAUGACCUAUGACUCYAGUACUGGUAGCUGCGUUCUUACGCCAAUGAUUGGCAAUUAUCACUCAAUACAUGCUGUUCCUGGACCAACAGCUUUCUUAGAUAUAUUAGCACCACCUUAUGCACCUCAAGAGGAAAGAGACUGUAACUAUUACAAAGAAUGUGAUCAAAUGGUAAGGCAAAAACAUAAUUUCAAUACUGUUUCAUACUUCAUUCUUGAAAUAGUUUUUUUAAUUUCUUUUUUAUCCUUAAUAAAUACAGUCAAGAAUUACCCAAACUGGGACCUCUUUGAGCUAAUCAAUCAAAAAUCAGUAAAACCAGACAGAAUUGACAAACCAAUCAAAUUAUAGCAUUCUCUCAUACUCCUUACGAUAUUGAACUAAAUACUACAAUUUGAUUGGCUUCUCAUCAAGAAGUGAUUCAACUUUGAGUGUCCCUGUUCACUGUAAAAUAGAGGAAACCCAUUCAUAUUUUAAACAAUACUUAUUUUCAGCCAWCAUUUUCUCAAGAUGUUAAAACUGAUGAAAAAGACAGAGUACGAUGGCUUAUUCCAGUGAAUCCACCAAGAGAUUUUUAUUGUGAUUCACAGGUUUACACAGGGCCAGAAAUCAUACUGUGACAAAGGCACCUGCCAUAAAAAUGAAACAGAUGUGRYUUAUAMCCGAAAGRAUAACAUCAAGCUGACAGAAGUGUCAUUGCAGACAGGCUUUAACAUAUGCAGCAAAUGAUGGUACCUUAAUCCCUGGUCGAAAUCCUAUAAACAACCAUUUYWUGGARUUUCAAUUUGGAUYCUAUUCUUGUAUUACUCAACCAUGAUAMUAAGCCCAACAAGRUUUUAGAGUGCUUUUAGUAAAAGCGUGAAAAAUUAGUUAAUAUAUUAUUUUGUACUAUUUUAUGCUAAUUCUUUUGUUCAAAUAGAACUAUUUUGUACAAUUUAGUAUUUAGUAUUUCACAUUUUUACUAAAAGCAUUCUAGUUAAACAGAAAAAUAUUAAGUUCAGGUGUUAAUACCAGUAAAAUAAGCAUAAUUAUUUUACCCACUUAGUCAUGAAAAUACUUCCACUAAAAAAACAUUGCAUUGCCAAGUUUAAAGGUGCAAAGGAGACUAUUAAAAGUAGCURAAUUACUAAGUAUAUAUAUUAAUAGGAAUUACUGUGAGUUCUAGUUAGGAAGAGAGUGAAUUCCAUAAAUCUGUGAAACAGACCAUCAUCAUUUUGCUUAUGGUUGUUUCACAGAGUGACAAUGUUACAGUGGAAUGCACCCAGUUCUCCCCAGAGCCAGGAAUCAUUUUGUAACCAAUACACUGUGCAUUUUUGUGCAAUUGGGCUAAAAAAAGAAAUUAGUCUGACCUCAUAGAAAGUUUAGAAAAUAAUUUUUCAAAUGCUCUUUGAUGUUUUGACUACAUUUUAUGAGAGGUUUUAAGGUUAAAUUAAGUUUAUCAAUAAACUAAGGCUGCUAAUGGUUUUAAGUUUAUUGUAGGUUUAUUAUUUGAGUUAAUGAAACAAGUUAGAAACAAGUCAAAGACAACUCGCUACUCAUCAUGAAAUAAUUGUUUUGUUAUGUCUAGAUAGGUUAAGUAAUUGAAAUUUGAAAUGUGACUGUCAUUAUGUGUAUAGAACCCUUGCAUUUGAUGUCAACAAAMCAGGUUAAUCUUYACYACAAAACAAACGAUUUUAUCCCYCUUGGGAACUAUGAUUCCAUUGUUUUGGRCURCAUUUAGAMCUCCAUUCCCAUGAACUGCAAAGGYUCUAUAUGUGUAGUGUUUUUAUUAACAGAAGUUUCUAAGGACAUCCUCUCAUGCAGUAAUAAUGUUGAGACCACCGUUCUAAUGUUUUAUGUGGUAAUAUUUUAUGGAACUAUUAUUCAUACUUUGGUUGAUAUUUGAUCAUUACAGUAUGGUUCGUAUGAACCAUUUUAAUACUGCCUWAAAGAUACACUACUCUUCAUAUUUUAUAAAAAGAAAAACUAUUUAAAUGGUUCAAGCUGGCUAUUGAACUCAAAACAGAAUCAAGAACACUUUUUAAGACUGUUUUUUUGUGCAGAAAUUAGUCUAGUUUAGUUAAUGUUUAUGGCAAAGUUAUAGAAUUAUCAUCUGCAUAUGUAUUUGUAUUAAACAGAUUAAAAAUGAAAUAAUAAAAGAACAAACAUAUUAAAGGCUAA